AUGGAUUUUUCCCUCAGCUCAGCACUCACUUUCCUCUCUCUAAUCAUAUCCAUUUUCACAUUCCAAUUUCUCAUCCGUAAACUGCUGUACAAGAAAAAAUAUCAUCCAAUUGGCGGCACAAAUUUUCACCAGCUGAUGAACUUCGAUAGGCUGCACCACUACAUGACGGAUCUUGCUGGAAAAUACAGGACGUACAGGUUGAUUACGCCGUUUCGGAAUGAGAUUUAUACCUCCGAUCCGCUUAUUGUUGAGUACAUACUCAAAACUAAUUUUGACAACUAUGGAAAGGGAUCAUAUAAUUACAGCAUUCUAAGUGGUCUAUUAGGUGAUGGGAUUUUCACUGUUGAUGGUGACAGGUGGCGGGAGCAGAGAAAGGUAUCAAGCUACGAAUUCUCUACACGGGUAUUGAGAGACUUUAGCAGUAUAGUCUUCAGAAAAAAUGUUGCCAAGCUUGCUAACAUAGUGUCUGAAGCUGCAAACUCCAACCAAACAAUGGACAUCCAAGACCUCUUUAUGAAAUCAACUCUAGAUUCUAUUUUCAAAGUUGCCUUUGGAGUUGAGUUAGACAGCAUGUGUGGUUCAAGUGAAGAAGGUGCCAAAUUUAGCGAGGCUUUUGACAAUGCAAGUGCAAUGACUCUUUGGAGAUAUGUUGAUAUUUUCUGGAAGAUGAAAAAAGCUUUUAAUGUUGGAUCAGAAGCGAAGUUGAAGAAAAAUAUUCGAGUAGUUGAUGAUUUUGUGUAUAAGUUGAUCCGGACAAAAAUUGAGGAAAUGCACGAGUCAAAGAAUGAUUCUUCUAUGAAGCUACAGAAAGAAGACAUUUUAACAAGAUUCUUGCAGUUCAAUGAAGCAGAUCCGAAAUACUUGAGGGAUAUAAUAUUGAACUUCAUAAUUGCUGGGAAAGACACAACAGCAACUACUCUCUCCUGGUUUAUUUACAUCCUUUGCAAGCAUCCUCUUGUACAGGAAAAGGUGGCACAAGAAAUAAAAGAAGCAACAAAAACAGAAAAGGUUGUGGAUAUUUCAGAAUUUGCUUCCAGUGUGAGUGAAGAAGCCUUGGAGAAGAUGCAUUACCUUCACUCAGCAUUGACUGAAACCCUCAGACUCUAUCCUGCAGUUCCUGUGGAUGCAAAACAAUGCUUGUCUGAUGACACACUCCCAGAUGGGUUCUGUGUGAAUAAAGGGGAUUUUGUGGCUUACCAACCAUAUGCAAUGGGAAGAAUGAGAUUUUUAUGGGGUGACGAUGCAGAAGACUUUAGACCAGAAAGAUGGAUGGACGAAAAAGGUUUCUUCAAGCAGGAGAGCCCCUUCAAAUUUACAGCCUUUCAGGCAGGCCCAAGAAUUUGUUUGGGGAAGGAAUUUGCAUAUAGGCAGAUGAAGAUUUUCUCAACUGUUCUGCUACGAUAUUUCAUGUUCGAAUUGAGUGACAGUCGAAAGCCAGUAAACUACAGAACAAUGAUCAAUCUUCAUAUCGAUGGCGGGCUUCAUGUCCGUGCUUUCCACAGAGUAGACUAG